CCAUAUAGCUAUCAUAGAGUCUGUUCAUAUAGAGAAAGUUACCCCGGCCAUUUCCCGGUAAAGUGGGAAUCUCUCCUGGCCGGUAGCCGUGGAAAAAUUAUAGACCUUUCAUAUGCUCAUAUUUUCCCGUUCUGCCUGGAUAACUUCAGAGCCAUUAUUUUUAAAUGAUAAGAGUAGAUUGUGUCAAGGUAUUGUGUGCAAAUUGAAUCUAUUUCCCCGCUUUGCCGGGAAGUAAAUGCAGAUGCUGCGAAGACUUUCUGUAAUUUUUUUGAUGGUACAAAACUUGAAAAUGGCUUUGAAAAAAGCAAACAUUUGAGUAAACUGUCAGAACAUUGAUCGAAAAAUCCUAGGGGCAAAUCACUCCAAGAAAAUCUCGUACACUUUUUCGGGAAAUCCAAUUGUUUUAUCUGAAAAUCCCUUAUCGGCCAAUCAGAAACGCGAGCACGUGACUGUUAAGGUUCAGCAAUCAGUGCUGGAGUAACUUCUUUUGUCUGCACAAUAAGCGUUUUGAUGCGGCUUUUUUUCUUUGUUUUGGGAAGAAAGAUUUUAGCCACUGGUCCUCUCAUUUUUGAAUAUUUUGUUCAUCAUCUAAAAUUGACUACAGUAUCAACAUGGCUACUAAGCUAGAUUUAGUUAAAGUGAAACAGGAGUUGAGCCAAAGAUUAGACCAGCCAAGAUUAGAAAACUCUAAUUCUAAGGAUCGAGAAGAUUGAAACAACCCGUGAUCAGAGGGCUAACGGCAGUAGCAAGGGAGAAAAGACGAACAGUGAUGUCAAAUACGAGAAAUCCAAAUCUGAGUUGCUGUAUAAUAUUGAAGAAAAUCCACCUUGGCAUUUAGCAGUUGGCCUAGGGUUUCAGCAAUACCUGACAAUGUUUGGAGGGACGUUCACGAUGCCAUUUAUACUUUCGAUACCGCUAUGUUUUGCGAAUGAACCUGUUGUAAUUAGCAACAUCCUUAGCACAAUUAUGCUGGCCUCUGGGAUAGUGACAUUGCUGCAAGCAACGUUUGGCACAAGGCUACCAAUCAUCCAGGGAUGCACAUUCGCCUUUCUCGCUCCGACUUUUUCCAGUAUGGCACUACGCGGGCCUUGUCAACCUAUACGACCAACAGUCCCGCCAACGUCGUAUCAAAAUCUCACAGCGAGCACAAUAACGUUUACCUCAGCAACAACAAUUGCAACAGGAGAAGCUGAAUGGUUAAUCCGCAUGAGAGAGAUUCAAGGAGCGGUUAUGAUUGCUGGUUUAUUCCAACUUGUGAUUGGAUUCAGCGGUGUUAUGGGACUGUUGCUUCGUUCAAUUGGUCCAUUGACUGUCAUACCAACAAUAACCUUAGUUGCUUUGCCUCUUUUUGAAACAGCUUACCAAUAUGCAGGUACACAAUGGGGAAUAUCAAUGCUGACAAUUUUCCUGACGACGCUGUUUUCAUACGUUUUAGGAAACAUCAAGCUCCCUUUUCCUCUUUACUCUGGUGGAAGUUGGCUUUCUGAGAAAAUUCCUAUAUUCAAGCUUUUUCCUAUUUUAUGUGCUGUCCUACUGUCGUGGAUCUUAUGCGCUAUUCUAACAGCAACUGAUGUAUUCCCACCUGGACACAAAGCUCGAACAGACACAAGGUCAGCAGUUCUGCACCAAGUUCCAUGGAUCAGAGUUCCAUAUCCAGGCCAAUGGGGAACCCCAACACUGAAAGUUUCUACAUGCAUCGGAAUGAUGGCUGGAGUUUUCAGUUCAGUUAUAGAAUCAAUUGGUGACUAUUUUGCAUGCGCAAGGAUUGCUGGGGCACCACCGCUACCAAACCACGCUAUAAACAGGGGCCUGGGAAUUGAAGGAUUCGGGUGCAUCUUAACAGGAGCCUUUGGAACAGGGAAUGGCACGACGUCAUAUAGUGAAAAUGUUGCUGCCCUUGGGAUAACUCGGGUCGGAAGUCGGAGAGUUAUACAGUUUGGUGCACUGUUCAUGAUUAUUCUGGCUAUCUUCAGCAAAUUUGGUGCACUGUUUGUCACAGUCCCUGACCCUGUUAUUGGAGGUAUUUUCAUCGCCCUGUUUGGUUUGCUAACUGCUGUGGGUCUUGCUCCAUUGCAAUUUGUUGACCUGAACUCAAUACGAAAUCUCUUUGUACUUGGCAAUUCGCUGUUUUUUGGUAUGGUAUUGCCGUUCUGGUUGAAGCGGAAUCCAGGGUCUAUCAAAACAGGAUCGUCGAAUUUUGACCAGGUGGUUACUGUAGUGUUGAGCACGAAUAUGGCUGUUGGGGGCCUAACUGGUUUUAUUCUUGAUAACUUGCUGCCAGGAACGUUAGAAGAAAGAGGAUUAACAAAAUGGAAGACUGCCGUGUCUGGUGACACUAGCAGUGAAAAGGGCAUUGCAUCAGUACAUUGCUAUGACAUUCCAUUUAUCACUUCGUACUUGCAGAGGUUCAGAUUAACAAAGUACUUACCCUUCGUGCCAUACUAUGGCAAAGACUGGGUUAUCAGUAACCCUAAUAUUCCUAAACCAUAACUCGUAUGAAUGUAUAACAAAUGGGGCAAAAGACAGGAGGGCACAGACGGAAGGGGGCAAGAUUCCCUCUUGCCCUACGUAGAUGUUUUUAAUUAGUCAAUUUAAUAAUGUUUCGGUUGCUGCAUAAGUCAAAUGUUGUCUUAGAUUCUAAUGAAUUGAACGCCUAUAUUCAUGGAAACAUGUAGGAAUGGCAACGCGUAUUUGCAAUAUGAAUA